CUAAAAUCCUGUCAAUCACGGUGAAUGAGUCCCAGUGAAGCAGCGGUGAGCGUUGGCUGGCCGCAGUACAGAGAGAUGUGAAGAAAUAUUUGCCAUGCCACUGAAUCGGUUUCUGAACAGGCCUGGUGAUGAAUAGCCAGAGAUCCUAUGCUGCAGUUCAACCUCAAUCACUUGGCCUGACCACUUACUCAGAAUGAUUAACAUGGCACCCAUCAUGGAGGGCACACACACUGUGUUGGUCCUAUAUGCACCCAUCCGUGAGCUAAGCAACAUCAGCCUGUAUUUCCCAAAGAGGCGGGCCCCGAGCUUCAAGUACAAGAGCCGCGCCCCUCAUUCAGAAAGGGCCGGUAAUGACCAUGACUGGGGAAAGGAGGAUCUCGCAGUGUCCGAACAAAGAGGCCAGUCUUCCAACUCCUCAGGCGGACUCUUCAACUCCCAGCAGGCAACAAAGGAGGCUGUUGCAGAGCUCUGCUGGCUGGCAGCGGAGCACCACCAGUUGCUGGCGGAUCUCUUAUCGCUGUGUAGGGUUUGCGCCAACAAAGUCAGGAUGGGUAACCAGGAUGGGAAACUCCAGGAUUACAUGGAGGGUGAGGAAGUUCACCUUGGAGGUCAGGUUCUCAGCAGCAGCAACAACUGUUCUCUCACUGUGCCUCUAGAACAUAAGAGAGCUACAUCCAAGAACAAAAAGCUGAAGAAGUUGGGAGGUAAGAAGCUUGACAGUGCUGAGGAUUUCCUGCAACGUAAUAUGAAGAAGAAAGUUACUAAUUGGACUACUGAGCUUCCUGAGCUUCCUGAUCACAACAAUGUGUCCAUAUCUUCAGCCUCAGUAGUGGAACAUCUCCCAGGUAUCCCACCUUCUGCCCAUGUCUCUGACAGCCCAGUCACCGGCUCUUACGUCAGUGCAGUCAGUAAUCCCAUCCUGCCUAUGGAGGAACCUUUCCAGAUUGUUCGUGAGGAUUGGGAAUUUAUGGAGGAUACUCGGACAUUUGACCCUGACAUGGAUUUCUGCAGUGAUUUAUCAGAGUUUGACAGUGAGCUGGGUUAUGAGUCGUCCUUUUGCAACCUGAUGGAGGGUCUCACCCGACGAGAAAGUGGCAGCAACCUUCGACCGCUUAAAAGAUUUGAUUCCUUGGCUGUGACAUUAUCUGAGGAUGCAUCAACAGUCAAGUCUGCUCAGCAGCUCUAUGACGAACCCAGACAGAGUAAUACAGGGGUCAGGGUGGUGGCUAAAGUGCAGGAUGUGGAAGGGAAAGUGCAACGUGUCAGCCAUACAAGCCCAGACAAGGCAGGGCCAGCCAUGCUACAUCCAGGAACUAGCAGCUGCCAGCAGGAGUAUGGAAAGUGGAGAGGGCCAAACAGAGAUCACCUGCUGGAAGUCAAUGGAGAAAAGACGAGCAAGAAGCUUUCUGAGGGGCUGCGCCUGCCCCUGUCUCAUGUCACUGAACCAUACCCCCAAACCAAAUCCCACACAAAGAGCCCCACUUCACCUUCUCUGGCAGGGGUCUUCAACACAUCUUUCCCUGCCUCCAACAGUCUCCAGAGCAUGUCCCCAGUCCUGUCUCCUCUGUCCUCCAAGCAGGCGAGUCCACUGCUCAACCACCGCAUUGUUCUCCUCUCAGAUAAAGAUGUGGACCAUGAGCGGGACAGCACAAGUAACACAGAUGAGUCCAAAAUCUUUACUGAAGUCAUUGACAAGAACGGCAACAAGCGAACUGUCACUCGUCUGGAUCUGAACCUCAGCAGGCGGCCCAGUAACUCCAAGUGGAACUCAUCCAGCAACUCCACAACAACAGUUCACAGGAAACUGACAAAGGAUCAGGGACCCAGCGGGCACAAGGUGUACAGGAGAAAGGAUUAG